CUUUCUCUCCCUGAUUUGAUCAGUUCUAAUGAUGAUCCAGGUCAGAUAAUGCAAACAAUAGGAAAGUCCGUAAAUAUUCCGGAUUUGAUUUGACCCUUUUUACUUAAUUUCCAUAAUUUUGACCAAGUAUCAGGCUUUAUUCUGUUCUCAACAAAUAAAAGCUAAAAAAUAAAUAAUUUCCAUGGCUUCAUAAGCCACCAAGUUUAAAGCAAAGUCACCUCCAUGUAAAUCUCUUACGCACAGAAGUGACCUGUGUCCUGUUUCCUUGCUGUUCUGUUCUGUUCUUAGUCCAUUCUAUCAUCCUCUAUAAAAUCCCUCAUAAAUCUGUUUCAAUCACUUCAAUUCUUAAUCAACUUCAGGAGCAAUUUAUCAAUGGAGAACAGGUAUGGCUACUUCAGGCAAGGAAGUGGAGUAUGGAGAUCUAUAACCGAUGGAGACUUUGAAGAAGAAGACAUCUGGGCUGUGCUCAAAGAAAGAAGAGAAGAUUCAUCAACACCUUCUUCUAAAGUUACCAACUUCAUUAAUUCUGAAUUCGAAUCUUCAAUUUCGGUUCAACGGCGGCUCCCUUCUGCGGCCAGAAUGAUCCCGAUAACAACCGGCAAUGGCGGCUACACCAGUAGCAGUAGCAACAGCAACAACUCUGCAGGAGUCACAAAGCUCCAAUCGGCUCCUGUUAAAAUCCCUGAUUGGUCAAACUUUAAUGGCCGCCACCACCAGUCAAAAAAAUCCUCUAAGAAUGUUUGUGAUGAUGAUGAUGAUGAGGAAGAACAAGAAGAAAUAGACGAUGAUGAUGAUGACGAUGGUUAUGAUUCAAAGGCUCCUCCACAUGAAUUCAUAGCAAGGAGGCAAGCAAGAAGCCAGAUUUCUUCAUUCUCAGUAUUUGAAGGAGUUGGAAGGACUCUCAAAGGGAGAGAUCUCAGCAAAGUAAGAAAUGCUGUAUUGACAAGAACAGGUUUUCUUGAGAAAUGAUUUUUAAUUUAUUUAAUAUAAAUAUUAUUAUGUGUUGUUUAGAUCAAUUGGGUUUAGGGUUUUCAAAUAAAUGUUCUAUUUUGUGUAAAAAUUGUAAUUAAUUUAUGUGAAUUUUCAUAUUGCUUUUUGGUUUC